AGCCAGCACUUCAGUUUGCUGGCAACGCAAAAAAGAAUCGGUAGAGCGGGACAUACUGGUUGUUGUUUUUUUUUUGCGCCACACACCAAAGCCACCAGCCUAAGAAAAGUUGAACAAUAAUAUUUUGCAAGUGUUAUUAGCAAGUGAAUGUACGUGUAAGCAAUGACAACUUCCUCAAUUAAACGACGUCGCUCUCCGCACGAUGCACGCGCAUCGAACGAUGGGGAUGGCCUGGAAAAUGACAACGACAACAACAGCAGCACUCGAAGUAGCAGAAGCAGAAGCAGCAGCGGCAGCAGCAGCAGCGCGUUGCCCAACAAUAGCAUCAGCAUCAGCAGCAACAUGUCCAAGCGCGACUCCGAGGAGGACACCUGGGCAUCAAAGGGUUACAGCUACAUCAAUCCGUUCGUGCAUCGCAUAGAAAUCGACAGUCACAUUGAGGUGGCCAAGAUCUAUGUGCUGACCGUGCUGCUGCUUCCCAUACGCGUGGUGGGCUGCAUCUUGUCGCUGUUAUCGGCCUGGAUGUUCGCCUGCAUUGGCCUCUAUGGCAUCUCUAUGGAGGAGCUGCAGGCAAAGCCGCUCUCUGGCUGGCGCAGACAUAUGCAGUACUGGACGGCGCGUGCCAUGCGAAUGGUGUACACAUCCGGCUCGUUUCUCUAUAUCGAAAUGAAGGGCACACCGGCCAGCGCCAAGGAGGCGCCCAUUUUGGUUGUGGCGCCACACUCUUCCUACGUUGAUUCCAUUUUGGUGGUCUCCGGACAUCCACCGUCGAUCGUGGCCAAGCGCGAGACGGCAGAUAUACCGCUGCUGGGGCGCAUCAUUAAUUAUGCUCAGCCCAUUUAUGUGCAGCGCGAAGAUCCCAACUCUAGGCAGAACACCAUACGACAUAUUGUUGAUCGUGCGCGCUCCAGCGAUGACUGGCCUCAGGUGGUCAUCUUUUCCGAGGGUACAUGCACAAAUCGCACGGCACUUAUCAAAUUCAAGCCCGGCGCCUUCUAUCCGGGCGUGCCCGUACAACCAGUUCUGCUCCGCUAUCCCAACAAGUAUGACACCUUCACCUGGACCUGGGAUGGGCCGGGCGUCCUGCGUCUGCUUUGGCUAACAAUGACACAGUUUUAUAAUCGCUGUGAGAUCGAAUACCUUCCCGUCUACACGCCUUCCCCGGCCGAGGUGGCCGAUGCCAAUCUCUAUGCGAACAAUGUACGAGAAGUAAUGGCCAAGGCAUUGGGAGUGCCCACGUCCGACUACUCAUUUGAGGAUGUCAUCGUUAUGAGUCGUGCUCGUGAAAUGAAAAUUCCAUUUCCUGGUGACAUUGUGGAAAUUGAACGCACCCUCGAUACUCUUGACCUCUUGGAUUCGCAGCGCGACAUGGAACUCUGCGAGAUGUAUCUGAAGCUUACCAACACAGACAAACUGGACAUUAUCACAUUUGCCGAACUCCUCCAAGUGGAUCUCAAGAACCCAAAUCUGCACAAGCUUUUUGCGCUACUCGAUCAUCGUCGCAAGGGUACAGUGAGUCUGAAAAGUUUUCUGCUCUGCUCGCUGUUUUGUAAAUUGAAGAACAGCGACGUUAUAACGUUUCUGCGCGCUCUGAUUAAACUGUACAGUGAAUCGAGCCAACAGAUAGACAGGGAGAGCUUCACGCGUUUGUUGCGGCACGGCGGCGACAAGCUGAACGAGAAAAAGGCUCAGGCACUUUUCUUUGCGCUGGACACCGCCAAUGUUGGCCACGUCUCCUUCGAUAUGUUUGCACAGUACACGGAGAAGCAGCCUAGCUACAAGUUUCUCUAUCACAAGUCGGAGCACAUAAGGCGGACAAAGGCUAAUUUAAUCAAGGCCACGCCCACAGCAAACUGAAGAACCCGCAACAAUGCAUUUGGAGGCUGCAAUACAACUUAAAAAGCUGGUUCUAUACUUAUUCAGAGCUGUGCCAUAGGCAAGCAAACGACAACAGGCCACAUAGCAGAGAAAGAGAUAGAGACAGAGAAA